AUGCCCUUUCAAGCACAUGUUUUCAGACAAGGCCGAAAUUACAACGCCACAUACUGUUGUCCUUGGUGCUGCUGCACACGAGACGAAGCAGGAGAUGUGACAGACCAUCCGAGCUGGCUGUGCACUAUGGGUGUUCCACCGUGGCCGGAGGACGAGCCACCACCUCUCACCGCCGUUCCAGGUUUGGACCAACCACAAUCAAGCCGUCCUGACAUUUUCCAUAUUGGGCCUCUUGGAGUCUGCAGAGACCUCUACCUGGGCGGUAUACUCAUUCUGAUUCACUUGUCACACUUUCUGUCUUCAGAUGGCAGCCGUGCACUCGACAGCAAACUUAAAUCGGCCUUCAAGAACUUCAAGCAGUUUUGCCAGGAGAUCCAUGAAACGCCGACGGUAAAGGAAUGGACAAAGGAGAACUUUCGCCGCACAUCUGCAGGGGCAUACCCUGAUUGUUCGUUUAAGGCUUCUGAUGCUCAUUUGAUCCUUAAGUGGCUUGAGAACUAUUUGAACUCUGGCCCUUGGCGUGAUGACGAAGGUGUCUUGGAACUUUUGCUAACUGCAGUGGGGAAUGUCAACCGGUUCUACAGGACUUGCUAUACGGCUCCCAGCCGGCAGUGGUUGUAUGAGGCGAAUGCAUUGGCAGCAACAUCAUCUUUACAGCUGUUCUUCUCCAGCUACUACAGCCUGGCGCAGUGGGCAUAUGAUCAUGAGAUCUGCCUUUUUCGCUUUACACCAAAGUUUCAUGCAUUCAAGCAUGUGCAUUUGGCCCUCUUGAAGGAGCAAAGCCGUGGCAAGCCCGGCAAGCGCUGGACGCAUAAUCCUGCAAUGUAUGCCACGGCCAACGAUGAAGAUUUCAUCGGCAAAGUGAGCCGUCCCUGUCGCAUUUUGCACUCGGGCAGUGCUGAAUUGAGACGUCUAGAAAUUUAUCGUGUCGAGCUGUGCAAAGCCUGGGUCUGA